UACCAUCGAUUAAUAUACAAUGAUAUAUUGAUGAGAAAAAUGUUUUAUAUAUUCUUUAGAUUUUAGCAUUUUGUGAUUUACAUGGACAUAGUCGAAAAUCAAAUGUGUUUGCAUAUGGUUGUGAUGGAUGCGAUGGAAUAAAUCGAGAUAUGAAAAACUUUUUAAACGCUAGAGUAUUACCAUUUAUCAUGUCACGAACGGUAUGA